AUGAUAGCCGACUUCCUAGUGUUCGGUCGUUUCUCGACGACGCUAUCAUCUUCGGAAGAACCUGUGAGGAACACAAACAAGCUACUACAACGUCUAGGGGAAAAUGAGUUCCAUGUCAAGCUGGAAAAGUGCCAUUUCUUCCAAACCGAAAUCAGAUAUUGGGGGCAUAUCGUCGAUCGAAACGGCAUCCGUCCGGAUCCAGAGAAGCUUCAAGCCAUCACCUCUAUUCUGGCACCCACCAAUGUUUCCGAAGUGCGAUCGUUCCUGGGAGCCGUUAAUUUCUACGGCAGAUUCCAAGUCCUGCAGUCCGAUACGUUGCUGACGCAUUACGACCCGAAGUUACCAAUAAUCGUAGCAGCGGACGCCUCCAGCACGGGCAUCGGUGCAGUCAUCUUCCAUGAAUUUUCGAAUGGACAUCUGAAUUCAAUCCAGCAUGCAUCAAGAUCCCUCACUCCAGCGGAGAAAGGUUACGGGCAGCCGGAAAAAGAAGCACAUGCACUAAUAUAUGCGGUAACGAACUUUCACAAGUACCUUUUUGGGCGCAGAUUCACUCUGCUCACGGAUCACAAACCGCUGUUAUCAAUCUUUGGAUCGAAGAAGGGCAUUCCUUUGCACACCGCAAAUCGACUUCAACGAUGGGCAUUGAUGCUUCUCAACUACGACUUCGACAUUCGGCACGUGUCUACCAACGACUUCGGAUGCGCCGAUAUGCUGUCAAGACUCAUCGACCGUUCUAAGCAGCAAGAAGAGGAGUACGUUGUGGCAGCGAUAUCCCUAGAAAAAGACAUGGUGAGCAUUAUUCAAAACACUAUCGAGCAGGUACCAGUUUCGUUCGCAGACAUCAAAAGUGCAACACAGGCAGAUGAACCACUACAAGCGGUGCUGCAGUUCAUUCGUGAGGGUUGGCCAAACGAUGCACGAUCAGUCAAAGAUCCAGAGAUUCGAGUCUACUUCAACAGGCGGGAGUCUCUCACCAACGUCGAUGGCUGUAUACUGUUCCACGACAGGGUAGUCGUUCCGAGCAAGUUCAGAAGGCAAAUCCUGAAGCAGUUUCAUCACGGACAUCCCGGCAUGGUACGAAUGAAGUCUAUUGCACGCAGUUUCGUUUACUGGCUCGGAAUCGACAACGACAUCGAGCACCAGUCAAAACAACGCUUGAAUCGUGGCCCAUCCCUGAUAAGCCGUGGUCACGCAUACAUAUUAACUACGCAGGACCUGUGGACGGCGUAUUUGUCCUGGUAG